AUGCGGGGGUCGAUGGUAGGACGGCGGCGAUCUGCAGGCGAGCUGCAGCAGCUCCAAAUGGCGGACGAGGCGGCGGCGAGCUCGAUGCAAGCGGCGGCGGCGCUGGCCUCCCUCCAUCUCCCGCAACCAGGACCGACAGCAACUGACCCCCAAGAUCGGAGGUAUUUCGGGAGAGGGGCACACAUAAAGCGCAAGGCGAAGCGAAAGUGGGGCAAAGUGGACUCUGUCGGGCUACCUCCCAGGCAUCUUGGUCAUCGCCAGUCAAUCCGCAGGAAAGGAGUUGGGUCCAUGAAUGAAGCAUUACAGGGUGAAGUGGGCAUCAGGAGCCGUUUCAGUGCAUUACGUAUUCGGCAGAUUAUGCGGGGUCUUACACCCCGGCAGCAGGAAUAUGUUGCAAAGUAUGGAUUUGAGCAUUUCAACCGUAUUGGCAAGUUCACUGUCCACGAGCCGCUGGCUGAGUGGAUAAUGGGGAAAAUAAACCCUCCAUUCUCUGAGUUCAGAAUUAACGCGGACAAGACAAUAGUUUUCACCAAGUCCCUUGUUCAGAAAAUUUUGGGUGUACCGUCAGGGGGAAGACCCAUUGUGCUGCACGGAGAGAAGACGGACAAAAUCGAGGAACUACGAGCUCUGUACUUAAAUAACGGACUAAGGGCAUCCAUCCCCCAUGCUGUUAGUUUGCUGAAGAACAACGAGGACGAGGAGUCCUUCAUGAGGACAUUUUUUCUUAUUGCACUUGCAGCAGUGCUCACCCCCACCACUGGAAAUACAAUAGAUCUUGACUACCUGUGGCCCCUUGAAGAUAUGUCAAAGGUUCAGGACCUCGAUUGGGCUGGCCAUAUCACGGAGCAUCUGAUGGACGACGUCCAGAAAUUUCAGUUCAAGUCCAGGGAGGAAAAAAAGACCAACUUCUGGGUUGGCGGGUGCUUGCCUUUGCUCAUGAUUGCUUACAUGGACCACCUGGAUCUUCCUAGAGGGCGAAUUGUAGACCGUGAAAUUAACUACUCAGUGCCUAGGAUCUGCCAUGUUUCUAAGCAUGAUUUCCAAUUUAUCGCGAUUGCUGACCUGCAUCGUCAACAUUACAAGUUUGCCACAUUUGGAAUACUUCCUUUCCGUAAAAGAACACCGUACACUGAUAAUCCAAAAACCGAGACAGAAGUAGCAGAAGAUGAUCUUCAUAUUUUCUCCAACUCAAAGGAUCAAGUCUUACCAGGGCAAUGUGAUCUUAAAGUAGAUGAGGAAAAAAUAGAUGAACUUGCACAGGAAAUCCAACCUGAAAUCCUUCGGUUUACAGAAGCAAGCAUCCAUCAUUCCCCUUUUGGAAGAACUGAUGUUUGCUCAAAUCAAGGAACUAAAAAAUCCUCUAGCUGUGGAAGGGGCAGUUCUAGCCAGAAUACUACAAAGGCGGCUCUGACACCCUCUUCAUCUGAGAAAUCAGAAGAAGACAAUGCUCGAGAAUACAAAUCUUUUGAGUCGGAUGAUCAUCCAACACCUCCAGAAGCUGAUUAUGGGGUAAUAUUUAGGAGCUGUCUAUCUGGAGCACAGAUGGAGAAAGUAAACCCUCUUAUCCAGAAGAUUCAACCAGAAGCUAUUGUAUUCGUAGCUACCAUGAGGAACUGCGAUGUUCAACUACCUAGUCCUCUUCUGAUCAUUUCGAAGGAACGCGCCUUAGCCACAGCUGCACACUUUCCGGAUGAAAAUGGGACUGUCACACUUCAGGUGCUGGGCAAGAGUGAGAAGUGGCGGCCGAGAUUCUUCAUAGAAAAAGGCACGUGCAUGCUUGCAGGCAACUGGUUGGACUUCGUGUGUGACAACCAAGUGCAGGUGGGCGACAUCUGCAUCUUUGUACCGGCAAAGGGCGGGGAAAGUUCCGCAUUCAUGGUCCAUAUAAUUCGUGCUGAAGUUACUCAUCCUAGGGCUGUUAAAAGGGUUCGCUCAAGCCAUGAUUCUUCGGUUGAUGGGGAGGAAUGACAAACCCAGAUGUCGACUCGGAAUGGCAAGAGACUGAUGGCUGUUAAAGGUUAUAGCGACUUUGUACAGAGCAACGCAGGGACAUGUGUCUGUUUGAAUUGAUGGGGAUGAAUUAGGAGCAAACCUACCACAGUCCAAUGUUGUUUUCGUAGACCAGUUCUAGUUUGUGAAACAGAAUGAUGAGAAUUAGGCAAGUAGCAUGUAGAAGCUAUUCCUGUUGGUGCCCUGUGCGUCUUUGGCAUGUUUUCUACUCUCUAAUCAAGGUAUGCAUAAGGCUGACAUAUUUUGGGCUUCUAGCUCAGCUUCUAGACUUGUUAAAUUCAAGUUUUUUUUUCCAGUAUUUUUUGCAUGCAUCAACGAGUA